AUGCAGCAAGGUGAAGUUAAUUUAACAGAGAAGAGAUAAAUGAGAAGAGCAAGAACUAAUUUUGAGAGUGAAAUGGAUGACUAAAUGAAUGAGAAAAUGACAUGCUAUGAAAGUGUUUUAAAUUGUUUUGGAUCCUUCUUUGGAACCUUGAGAGCUUGGUUCCCAUGCUGUUGUUGUUGCUUUCCAUAUCCGUAUUAUGAAAUAACUCAGGGAUCCAAGGGAUUGUUAUAAAAAUUCGGAAAAUAUUAAAAGACCUUGGAACCUGGACUACAUGAAUUCAAUCCCUUUACAGAUAGAAUCAUUCCUGUGAGUACAAAGACAUUCAUCAUUGAUUUAGAGAGAUAACUUAUUUUGACUAAAGACAAUAUCACUGUCAAUAUUGAUACGAUCGUUUAUUAUAGAGUUGUAGACGUGUGUAAGUCAGCCUAUAGAGUCAAAAAAAUUGUAGAAGCAGUUAAAGAAAUAACAUACGCAACUCUUCGAACCGUUGCUGGUGAACACACUCUAUAGGAUAUAAUUGAGAAUAGAUAGAAGAUCGCUGAUGAAAUAGAGGGGUUUGUAUUUGAUGUUGUAUCAGAGUGGGGAAUCUUCUUAGAACAUGUUUUCAUUAAGGAUAUGUAAAUGGGAGAUGAAUUAUAAAGUUCAUUAUCAAAUGCUCCCAAGGCCUAGAGAUUAGCUUAGUCUAAAAUCAUUUCAGCAAAAAGUGAUGUUGAGGCUGCUAAGCUCAUGAGAGAGGCUGCUGAUAUGUUAGAUUCUAAGGCAGCUAUGUAAAUUCGAUACUUUGAAACUAUUUAACUUAUUGCAAAAAACAAAAAUCCAAAAAUAUUGUUUUUGUCUAUGGAUUAGACUUAAAAAAAAUGA